UCUUCCCGAGUAUUGAGGAAACCCUUCAUCCAGGAAGUCAUUAAGUAUCUGCAGGACUCAGCAAGCAGAAGAGACCUGCAGUUCCUGUUGGCCAAAAAAGACGCUUGGAAGGUGUUGGUGGCAGAGGCUGAAUUGUCCAGAGAUGAGGAAGCUGCACUGCAUAAGGCUCUGGAGCAGCUCCCAGUCGUGGAGGGCAAAGAACGCCUUCAAAAAGAACUGCAGGACAGGAAAAGGUUUGUGGAAGAAUUUCCUCAGUUGAAAAAGAUAGAGGGAAACAUCAGGAAGCUCCGAGCUCUGGCUGACCACGUUGACCAGGUGCACAAGGGCUGCACCAUCUCCAACGUGGUGUCCAACACCCCUAGCGUUGUCUCUGGAGUCCUGGGCAUCAUGGGUCUAGCUCUGGCACCUGUGACAGCAGGGGGCAGUUUGCUCCUCUUAGCCACAGGGGUGGGGGUGGGGGCAGUGGCUAUUGUGACUGGUGCUGCCACUGUAGUUGGGGAAGAAACAAGCAAGUGGUCAUAUGAAGCUGAAGCCAAGCGCCUCUGCUCCAAUCUGCUGCCCGAGGAAGCCUCUCUGAUGAUGACUGGACAAGGCAACAAUUUCCGAGUACAGCAGAAUAUCAUUAGAAAUAACUUCAUUGAUAUUUUUGCCAGUCAUGGCGGGCUCUAUUCUAGGUCUCAGGCCUAUUCAGUGUCUGGUUUUUGA